AUGGUUGAGACCUCAGUUCGCAUUCUUGCUAGGGAGGGUAAGAAGCUUCGAAAUAAAGUGAUCUUAUUAUUUAAAGUCCAAUGGAAUCAGAAAGGAGCUGAGGAAGCUUCUUGGGAGCAAGAGGAGGACAUGCGUUGUGACUACUCACACAUGUUCGAGCAGUUUUCUCUUGUUGCUUUGUUCUUAAAGAGCAUAUUACGACAGCUGACCAACCUGCUCCUCCUCAUUUCAGUCUCUCUCCGCCGAGGCCGACCAUCGGUUAUGGAUAGUUGCAACGAAGAUGUUCAUGGUGAUAGUAACAACAACAAUGAUUUCAUGUCUUUUCCAACAACGAUGCCUGUUUCAAGAAUGCAAAGUGGUGAAAAACCGUGUUUAGGAAUGAAGUUUAAUAGUCAUGAGGAGGCCUAUAACUUUUAUAACUCGUAUGCAUUGAUGAUGGGAUUUGGAAUCAGAAAAAGCUCAGUGAAUUACUCCCAGAAAGAUAAAGAAGUGUUGAAUAGAAAAUUUGUUUGUGACAAAGAAGGUUAUAGAUCUAAUAAAGACAAGAGAGAUAUAGGAAAAAUUAUUAAUCAUCGGCGAGAGACCAGAGUUGGCUGUAAAGCAAUGAUGAGAAUAAAAUUAAUGGAGGAUAAAACAUGGAAAGUUAUAGGUUUUAUUGAAGAUCAUACAAACCACAUGCUCAGUAGUCCAGAUAAAGCAAAGAUGCACAGGUCACAACAACAAUUUCAUAGAAGUAAAAGGUGUAAAAAAAUUAUCCAAUGUUUGCAAGAAGAAGGUAUUACUCCUUCCACUAUUUCUCGUGUUAUUAACGCGACAAGUGGAAGAGAAGAUGAAUUAGUGACACCACAACAAUGCAUUGACUAUAUGAAAACUCAAAGGCACAACAAUAUUGGCAAUGAAUGUAUAUCUGUUAUCCAAUAUUUUCAAAGAAAGGCGGCUAGUGAUGCAGAUUUUUAUUUUGCAUUGGAAGUAGAUUGUACUGGACAAAUGAGGAGUGUUUUUUGGGCAGAUGGAAAAUCAAGAGCAGCUUAUUUGAAGUUUAAUGAUGUUAUUGUGUUUGAUGUGACUUAUAAAACCAACAAGUUUAGUCUUCCAUUUGCACCAUUUACUGGGGUGAAUCAUCAUAGGCAAUCUAUUUUAUUUGGUUGUGCAUUGCUAGCUGAUGAACAAGAAGAAACAUUUAUUUGGUUGUUUCAGGAAUGGUUAAAUUGCAUGCAUGGAAUUGAACCAGGUGCUAUCAUCACAGACCAAGACCGAGCAAUGUGUAAUGCCAUUCAUAAAGUCUUUCCAAACACAAGGCAUCGUUAUUGUUAUUGGCAUCUGAAAGUCUUUCCAAACACAAGGCAUCGUUAUUGUUAUUGGCAUCUGCAGCGACAUAUUGCCGAUCAUUUGUAUACUUUGAACUCUAUUUACGGUGAAGAAUUUCAAAAAUAUUGGGACUUGUGGUGUAAUAGUGGUAACAUUGAGAACUGUAAUUUGCAUUGGCUCGAGAUGAAGGAGAAGUUUAAGAUAAUAGAAGAAGAAGAUGGCUGGCUGCAAACUAUGUACAUGUAUCGAGACCAUUGGGUGUCAUGCUUUUUAAAAGGCAUUUUUUUUGCAGGAAUGAGAUCAACUCAAAGGAGUGAAAGUAUUAACUCAUUCUUUGAUGGAUAUGUGAAUUCACAAACACAGUUAAAAGAAUUUGUAACUCAAUAUGAAAAGGCCAUGACGCAUCGACGAUUGAGUGAAGCACAUGAAGAUUUUAGAACUCUUAAUACAAAACCGCAGUUUCACCUUGGGCAUCCAAUUGAAAGACAAGCUGGAAGUAGUUAUACCCGCACUAUGUUUCAUGUAUUUCAGAAUGAGAUCAAAGGGUGUGGUGCUCUUGGCCUUCAAGAGGAGAGAAAAGAAGAAAAGUUUGUUUUAUGGCGAGUUGGUGACUUAGAUGAAAGCAAUGAAAAGUGGAGGUUUGUUACUUAUGAUGAAUGUAGAGAAUUACAGUAUAGUUGCAGCUGUGGUUUGUUUGAGAAUAGUGGUGUUCUAUGCAAACAUAUAUUGUACACUCUAAUGUUCAACAGACAAUGUCUUUCAUUGCCCACUGUAUAUAUUCUACACCGUUGGACUAUAGAUGCACGACAUCGUAACAUUGGAGUUAGUAAUGUUGUGUUUGGCAAAAACAUUGCAGGUGGUGUAGAAAAAAUAAAUUUGUUGAAAACUUGGGAUUUGAAAGCAAAAACCAACAAUGCACUGGAGCUUGCCUUUGAGUCAGAUAAGAGAAUGCAUGAGCUUGAUGGAGCUUGCCUUUGA